CCACUAGAGUUUAGAGAUUGGUUCUGCAAAUCCUCAAACGUAGCUUGAUAGACGUUGAUUUUGUGUGAAGGAUUUGACUAUUUUGUUCCGAUAGGCAUGACAAGUUUUCUCAUAACGCUUCAACAGGUUAUUCGCAAGGGCUUGCAAAACAGGCAAUUGUAACUGCUAAAUGGAUUUGUAAAUAAUUGCUUUAUGCCUUAAAAAGCGAGCUUCCUAAACUAGCUAGCUUAGUCUAGCUAGCUAGUUAGCUAUUUGCUAGGCUAGCUCGGUACGGAUGCAGUGAACUGCAGAGUAGUCCUAGGUAGCUAGCUAGCUCACCGGCUAACGUUAGCUAGCGGCCUUAGAAGAGUUUAGCAUCAGUCUUCAAUUAUGUCCAGCAAACGGGAACAGCAAAGUGGCGGUGGGGUAGGCUCUGUACCCAGCACAAGUAGCAGCAGUACUGGAGACUCUGCCAGCGUCAAUGGUGGGAACGGCGUAGCAGGCAGCACAAAUGGUAACAAUUCUGGAAAUGUUGUGCCCACACGUACGACAGCAACAGCUGGUGAAGGAUUGCCCGUUCCUGCCCUGGCUGUUCAGUCUUCAAGAGGAGGCUUAGCUUCGUUGAGCCGACCCAGUCCAUCCUCGUCCGGUGGAAGCAGAAAACGUUCUCUCUACUCAGCACCUUUGUACAACGGUCUUUUAAAUUCAUACGAGGACAAAAGCAACGAUUUUGUGUGCCCAAUUUGCUUUGAAAUGAUUGAGGAGGCACACAUGACAAAAUGUGGACACAGUUUCUGCUACAAGUGCAUCCGCCAGAGUUUGGAGGACAGCAACAGAUGUCCGAAAUGUAACUACAUAAUAGACAACAUCGAUCAGCUGUAUCCAAAUUUUCUUGUCAAUGAGCUUAUCCUUAAGCAAAAACAGAGGUCAGACGAGAAGAGGUUGAAGAUGGACCAUCCUAAUGGAACCAGGUGGCAGGUGUUCCAGGACGUUCUAGGCCCGGAACAAGAUAACCUGGAUCUCGCCAACGUCAACCUGAUGUUGGAGCUACUGGUCCAGAAAAAGAAACAGUUGGAAGCGGAAUCCCAAGCAGCACAGCGUCAGAUCUUGAUGGAGUUCCUGAAAGAAGCCAGGAGGAAUAAACGAGAGCAACUGGAACAGUUGCAGAAGGAACUGAACUUUCUGGAGGAGGAUAUCAAACGUGUUGAGGAAAUGAGUGGGCUGUACUCCCCAGUGAUGGACCUGGACAGCACUGUGCCUAAUGUGGAGGCUCCACCUCCUGCUCCCAGUAGUAUUAUUGAUUCCACAGAAUACAAUCAGCCUCCAGGGUUCGGAGGAGCGGUUCAGGGUAAGAGGCAGACAUGGUACAACAGCACUCUGGCGUCCCGGAGGAAAAGGCUGACGGCUCACUUUGAAGACCUGGAGCAGUGCUACUUCUCUAACAGGAUGACACGCAUCACAGAUGAAGGCAGGAAUCUGAAUCAGCUGGAUGAUUUCAUGGAGUGUCUGUCCAAGUUCACCCGCUACAAUUCAGUACGGCCACUGGCCACUCUGUCCUAUGCCAGUGACCUCUACAAUGGCUCCAGUAUUGUCUCUAGCAUUGAGUUUGACCGAGACUGUGAUUACUUUGCCAUCGCGGGUGUCACCAAAAAGAUCAAAGUGUUUGAGUAUGGCACAGUGAUCCAGGAUGCUGUGGACAUUCACUAUCCCGUCAACGAGAUGACCUGCAACUCCAAGAUCAGCUGUAUCAGCUGGAGUAGCUACCAUAAGAACCUGCUGGCCAGCAGUGACUAUGAGGGCACAGUCAUCCUGUGGGACGGCUUCACCGGACAGAGGUCCAAAGUCUACCAGGAGCAUGAGAAAAGAUGUUGGAGUGUCGACUUCAACUUGAUGGACCCCAAACUUUUAGCCUCUGGCUCGGAUGACGCUAAAGUGAAGCUGUGGUCGACCAACCUCGACAACUCAGUUGCCAGCAUCGAGGCCAAGGCCAACGUGUGCUGUGUCAAGUUCAGCCCCACGUCCAGGUACCACUUGGCCUUUGGAUGUGCCGACCACUGCGUCCACUACUACGAUCUCCGCAACACUAAGCAGCCCAUCAUGGUGUUCAAAGGCCACAGGAAGGCCGUGUCCUACGCCAAGUUUGUCAACGGCGAGGAAAUAGUCUCCGCCUCCACAGACAGCCAGCUGAAGCUGUGGAACGUCAACAAGCCGCACUGCCUUCGCUCCUUCAAGGGACACAUCAACGAGAAGAACUUUGUGGGCCUGGCCUCCAACGGAGACUACGUGGCCUGUGGCAGUGAGAACAACUCUCUUUACCUGUACUAUAAGGGCCUAUCCAAGACCCUGCUGACGUUCAAGUUUGACACUGUUAAGAGCGUUCUGGACAAGGACAAGAAGGAGGACGACACCAACGAGUUUGUCAGUGCCGUGUGCUGGAGGGCUCUGCCUGACGGGGAGUCGAACGUACUGAUUGCUGCGAACAGCCAAGGGACAAUCAAGGUGCUUGAGCUUGUUUGAUGUUCCGGCCGAAAUCUUCUUCAAAGCCUGGUAGACAUUUUGAGACGCUCCUUUUUGUGAUUCAUGGAGAAUCCAUUUCUAGGUGCUUCAAGGCUGGGCUUUGAGUAGAGCCAUGGUCAGGACCUGAGGAACUGGUGGAGCUCAUAUAUCCAGCCCAACUCUGAACUCCUUUGAUUUUAAGGGGCGAUAUUCUUUGUGAAAAGACUGAACAUCCAACGACUCUAGGACUGUGGGUGAUGUACGUGUGUUUCAGAGCAACACUUGAGUAAGAAUACCCUUUCUGCACAAACUAGUGGAGGAGUUUGUCUUUUCAAAGCCGCUUUUUUGAAUAAAGACACAGUAUAUUGACUAUUAGAACAUCUCUUAAUGUUUCGAUGAGGUUACGUAAACCAUGUCUUGUUCUUUUUAAAAUAAAAGUGCUACACACUGUCAGAGGUA